UGUGAAAACAAAUAAUUAAUCCGAUAUUAAUGGGUCGUCAACUGUCAACAUUUAAGAAAAUAUCUUUACUAUUAUGGAAAAACAAGUGUAUAAUUAUGGCCAAACCCUACGUGUUAUUAGUAUUAAUAUCCGCACCCUCCAUAUUCACAUUAUUAUUGGUCAUGUUUCGUUGUAUUGUUCCAGUAGAUUUUUAUCCGGCAGUUCUGCAUGCACCCUUCAUCAUGCACGAUGAAUGGAAGACAGUAUUGGAAAAUGUGAACUUACAAAAAGCGAAAAUGAAAACGAAGAUACCAAGCUUUGAACAUAGCUCGUAUAUACCCCAACUUAUUGUAGCAUAUGCACCUAAAAGAUUUAAGUUAUUCGGCGAAAUCAUGAACAGAGCAGUUACCGACCUAGGUGGAGUACGGCUCAGAAGAUUUUCAAACUGCGAUAAAUUGCGUACGACAAUGACCAAAGAGCAUUUCUUGGCUGGAGUGUGUUUUGCAGAAGAUCUAUUUGACAGUUCUACAGUAACAUAUCCUGAUCGAUUGGAAUAUUCUUUGGUUUUUCCUCAUGAACGCAGAAUGAGUAAUGAUACUUUAAUUGGUUUUGAUUGGCAAACAAACAGAUUGUAUGACCUUCCAAUAAGAGCUGAACAUCGACUUAGUAACACAAAUAAAGAAAACAACUAUGGCUACAUAACUGAAGGAUUUAUUCCCCUACAAAAUGAGAUAUCUGUAUCUUACAUUAAGUUAAUAACGAAUUUAAGUGCUCUGCCAGAAAUCGCGUUACAGCCAUUUCCUCAUCAACAGCAUGAUAUAGAUCUGCUUCAAAAUAGCAUGAAUAUAAGUGUGUCCUUUCUUGUUAUUUUAGGCUAUAUGUUUCCGGUGUUAUUCUUCAUUCAGUUUUUAGUUUCCGAACGACCAAUUAAUAAAACAGUAAUGAAUAAUCUGGGAUUUUCACAUGUUAAACAAUUCUGGGCUUGGUUUAUAGGAUCUUUUGCAAUAUUGUUUCUUGGAAGCCUAUUAUUAGUAAUACUUGUCAAAAUACACUGGAAUAACGGAUAUGCAAUUUUUACCAGAAGUACCUGGGGUGAUAUUUUUUUGAUCUUUUUAUGCUAUAAUUUAGUGACUUUAUGCUUUUGUUUCAUGCUCGCUACUCUUUUCUCCAACAAGAGCAUGGCAGUAACGGUUGGAGGUGUAACUUGGUUAUUUACCUACAUACCAUAUGUCAAAAUAAUCAAUCGCAUGGGUCACACAUAUGUGGCAAUACUAAGAUAUGUAUUUUUUAAUACCUCCAUGGGUCUGGCACUUGAUAAUGUAAUUAAUAUGGAAAGACGUGCCAUUGGUUAUAAAUGGAAGCAUUUCUUCCGUGUUGAAAAGAAUUUUGACCAACCGGAUAGCGUCGGUAUGUAUAUAAUAUUGUUUCUAUUGCAUAGCAUCAUUUUCUUGUGCAUUGGAUUUUACGUUGAACAAAUUAGACCAAGAUUUUUCGGAAAACCGCUAAAGUGGUAUUAUAUGAUUAAUGGCUUUUGCCAUACUAAUCGUCGUAGUUCCGAACAACGUAGUUCAGCCUCACGCCAAACUAAAAUCAUUCAAGUAGAAACGAAUAAUAAAAUUGCAAUUAUGAAAUUAGACCAAUUAAAUUGGUUAAACGAAGACAAAGUUAUUAUAAGGAAUUUCUCAGAAAUUUUGUAUGAGGAUGAAAUAAUUGCAAUAAUGGGUCAUAAUGGUUCUGGAAAAACAGUGUUGAUGUAUAUGUUAGCUGGUCUAAUAGAACCAACAUUUGGUACUAUAUAUAUACAAAAUGUCAAUGUACAUACAAAACCAGAACUGCUAACAAACAUAGGUGUUGCUAUUAAGGACCGGAUACUGUUUAAUGAUCUAACAGCUUACGAUAAUUUAACCUUAUUCUGCAAAGCCAGAGGUUACGACAGUUUAACAUGCGAAUCUGAGGCUUAUCGAUAUAUGAAUCAUAUGAAACUUACAGAUUGGAAGGACAUACGAGUAAAGAAUCUGUCAUAUGGAAUGCGGCUUAAUGUCGCUGUUUGCUGUGCAUUUAUAGGAAAAACUAAAAUAGUUGUGCUAGAUGAGCCCACAUCCGGUAUGGACAUAUGCACACGCAAAAUGUUUUGGCGUUUAUUGAGGAUAGAAAAGCAGAAGCGCACAAUUGUGUUGACAACACAUUCAAGCAGUGAAAUUGAACUUUUAGCUGAUAGGAUUGCUAUAAUGUCCGAAGGUGAUCUACAGUGUUGUGGAAGGUUAUCACUUUUAAAAUCCCUGUAUUUAGAGGGUAUGCGAUUGGUGUGCGUUAAAGGUCCAUACUGUAUUACAGAAGAUGUCACUAAUGUCGUUUCGGUUCAUAUACCAAAUAUAACACCAAUAAUUGAUUUUGGCACACAACUAAUAUAUCAACUUGAACAAAGAAAUUCUGAUGUAUAUGUGGCCAUACUAAAAGAUUUGGAAAGCAAGUCGAAUCUAUUAAAUAUUGAGUAUUGUACGUUAUCUGAGCCAUCACUUGGAGAAAUAUUUCUUGACAUAGGUGUCGAAAAUGCAAGUAUUGGUGACAUACAUCGAUACGGUGAAAUACUAAAUGGGAAAUGUAUGAACUGGAUAGAAGAUAAAGAUCCUAUUUUUUUAAAUCCAUAUCAUCCGUUGAAAGGAAUACGUUUAAUAUUUAUUCAAAUAUACGCAAUCCUAUUAAAAGAUUUUAUAUAUGAAAUACGUAGUAAAUAUCCAAUACUAUUAACGAGUAUAGUACCUAUCUUAUUUACUGCUAUGACUUAUUGUUUUGUUGGUGGAGUACCACAAAAAGAACCCCUGAUUUCUUUUCGUCCAUCCCUUUACAAGAACUCACAUAUUAUUUUAAGUACCAAAAAUCAAAAUAAUUUCACAGAAAGUGUUAAAGAAUGUUACCUUCAGAAUAUAUUUUGGUCACAAGGAAACCAUGAAGUCAAAGAAGUCAUUGAUAUUCCCAAUCAUAUAGUUGAGACACAAGAAUUAGAAUCUUAUGAAGAAUAUAUAGUUGGCAUAUCGUUAACACCAAAAACUAUUAAAGCUUGGUUUAACAGCUUUCCUUUGCAUUCCGCACCAAUGAGUUUGAAUUUGGUACACAACUCACUUUUACACGCUGCAUAUGAUACAAACGCUGUAAUUACAGUAAAUCUGGAACCACUAGAUCCCAUAUACAAUCAGAAUUCGGUUAAUAUACUAACACAUAUUAGCUGGACUUACUUUCAAGCCGCAUUCAUCGGACUUUGUAUGUGCAUUAUAUGGCCUUUAAGGGUGAUUGCUAUCAUAAAAGAACGAAAUACGAAUUUCAAGAAAAUGCAAUAUAUAUCUGGCUCACGCUUUUGGUCAUUCUGGGGAGUAACUUACGUAUAUGAUUUAAUAACAGUGGUUCUUUUGUCGUCUUUAAUAGUUGUAAUACUUAUGUAUUUAUUAAAUUUGGAUCAACUCGUUCUAAAAGAAACACCGUUUUAUAUUUUUCUCUUAUCGCUGCUUACUGGUGUUACUGUCACAUUAUGGAACUUUCUUGUCUCAACAUUCUUCAAAAAUAAACAUUGGGCCUAUAGUACACUAGUUACCUUCAAUCUAUUUGGAAUAGCAUGUUUUUUUACCGUUAAUGAGGUUCGUCAUUCGAUCUACCGUGGAGAUACAGGUUCUUUUCUGGACUCACGCACCAUUCUACACAUUAUGCCAUGUUACUCCUUAUGUACUGCAAUAACAAAAGUCUUGUUAAUUGAUGGGAUUACGAAACAGUGUGAAUAUACUCAAGUCCAGGAACUUUCAAUUUAUUUGCAUCAUUGCACAACGCAGCCAAAUUGUUGCACGAAAUAUUCUCUAAAUAGUUGGGAAGAAGGUAUCUUACCUGAAAUUUCGGCAUUAAUAGUUAAUGGAAUAAUCUGCUUACUUUGCGUGUGGAUAAUUAACAAAAAGAAAGUCUUAGUGUCCAAACCAAAUAAAAAAAAAGCUUUACAAUCUAUUAAAAACACAUAUAUGCGUCAUCAUAAGCCAAAUAGUGAAUUGCAUCCUUCCAUUGUAUACGAACAAGUUAAGAUAAAUAUGUUCAAACCAAGCCAGUAUUUCGAGCAUCGACUUAUUUGUACCAACCUGUCCUGUUACAGUAAUUAUAAGGCUGAAAGUCCAUAUAAUGCAGCAAUUUUUUUAUUACUUGAAGGUUCUGAAUGUUUUGGAUUGUAUGGACUUAAUCGUUCUGGUAAAACGCGUAUACUAAAUAUGUUUGCUGGUUUAGAACCAUAUGAUUUUGGUGAAGCUAUGAUCGAUGGUUAUGAGGUUAAAAGCAAUAUCCCCGAAAUAUAUGAACGCAUUGGUUAUGCUGACAAACAUUCAGUACUUCCACCAGAUUACACUGGUCGUGAAUUACUGCAAAUACAUUCUUAUCUGCGUGGUAUUCCAAAUAAAUAUGUAGAAGAAAAAUGUGAAAACCUUGCAAAAGUUUUAGGCUUUUUUACUUAUUACAAUGAGAAGAUAAACACCUAUAGCGAUGGACAUAAAAAACGCCUAAACAUAGCUAUUGCAUUACUAGGUAAUACAUCUAUCAUAUGUCUCGAUGAGCCAACAAUUCAUAUCGAUGAAGGUGGUCAGCGGCAACUUUGGAAUAUUUUGCUUCAUUUAAAGGACAUCAAGAGAACGAUUCUACUCACGACCUCAGAUGGUGACGAAUGCGAACUGAUCUGUAAUAAAAUUGCAAUAGUUAAGCAAAGUGAAUUUCAAUAUAUUGGUGUACCAAGCCAAAUUAAAAACGAAGUAUCAACAGGUGUAAUAUUAAAAAUUAUGUUAAGAAAUACUCCACAAAUCAUCCAUUCAAAUAGAGUUUACACACCAUUUCUAUUUCGAAAUUCGUUUCGUUUAAGACAAUUUAUGGAAGAUGAAUUUCCAGGUUCUGAAUUGAUAGAGGAUUGGAAUACACUUCUUAUAUAUUCAAUACCAAAUCGACCGAUAUCAUAUAUUUAUGAAAAAAUAGAAGCAUAUACAUUAAAUCUAAACAUAGAGUGCUUUAUUAUUGAAAAUGAAUUAUUGCCUGUGAAAUGUACUGUUGAAUAAAGGAUUUUAUUUUUUUAAUUAAUCUAAGAUCUACGUAU